CUAUAGCUAACGUUGGUGUGCAGAAACAACAUCACACAGCUAUACCUUUCAACAGCUAAUACGUCCUAUACACUUGGCCAUCAGCAUUCUGUUGCCAGACUCCGAGUUUGCUGGUCGCGCAAAGCUGUACGACCACCUAAGCCAUGCCAUCAACUCGUCUUCGCCGCGCCUUCGCCUACCCCACCGACGACCUUCAAGAUACCUCCCACCACGACCUUGAUGAAGAGGAGCAAGAGCAGCUGAUCACGUCUCUUCAGUCGCAAGACGAUUCCUCUACCACCUUCUACACCACUGCCUUCGUCGCCAUUCCUCUCUUCUCCGCUCUCGCCCAUCUACCUUCACUCUACCGUCCGAGCUCUGCUUCGAGUUUCUUGUCUGCCAUUCUUGCCAUUUCCAGCCUUCUAGCCUCUGCCUACAUCCUAUACUUUCUACCUCUCGUGCCGGCAGAGAAGCGAAGAGCCUUGGCUGGUGGACUACGACUUGGAAAGUGGGCCGAGGACGAUGACGGUCCCAUCAACAGACACAUCGUAGCUCUCAAUGGCGCGCUGAGCACAGUACUCGGCCUAAGAGCCUUCGUUGAAGGGAGGCGGACGGGAUGGGCUGAAGGAGAAGGCCUGUUGGGCGUGCUUCCGCUAGUCAUAUAUUUGCUCAUCGUAUUGGUGAGGUGGCACUUGAAACCUAUAGACAUCGAGGGCCUCGAAAAGAUGAGGUAUGGCUACAAAGGCGCAUGAUUCUAGGGCUGCUCGGGCUCCUCUCUAUCUCCCAUACCGUCUUGUACCACACCAUGUUUGUGUUCAAGCAGGUCGCUGCAGCUCGCUCCGCUCAUCGGUCGCGUUAUCUUC